UUUAUCGAUUCAUUAGUGUUCUGACAUAGACCAAAAACCAAUUACACCAAACAUUAGUUUUCAUGCUGGUGUUUCCCUCUAACAUUCUAUUCAUCUUUUAAUUGAUCCAAAUAUCUAGCAUAAUGUUAAAUAAAUUUGUAAUUCUUAGUUUAGCAAUAAGUACCAUACAAGCUACAAUUUUGGACUUUGAUAGUUGGCUGAAUAUUGAUUUAUAUCAUGCCAUCGAUAAAAAUAAUCCACAUUUGUUUACACCCAGAGGAAAUGUGUCAAUUACCAGCAUAAAUUCGGGGUCAUUUCAACUCACGCAACAACAUUUAAGCUCAAGCGAACGAAAUCUGUUCAAGGAAUUGGCCGAAGAGAAUAAAUUCUAUCGAAUGAAAGCAAUCGUAACGCACAGCAAUGGUGCCAAAUCAACAUUUCUCACAUCAUCCAAAGCGUGUGCAUUUGCUAAUUCGCAAUUGAACGAUAUUCUCUGGAUUUCGGUUGAUUAUGCUGCAAAUGUGUUGGGCAUUCAGCAUACCGUGUUAGGAAGUGGCGGUAAUUGUAAUGGUGACUCAACCAUUGACAAAGAUGCACUUGAGGAAUUCAACACAGAUGUUUUAGUUAAACGAUCUGAACUUGGACAAGUUCCCGAUACGGCCAGUUUCAUUCAAAAACUCGAACGUGAACGUGAGGCACGUGACCACGGUGAAGUGAAAGAUCAUCGUGGAUUUUUCGCCAAAUAUUGGAUGUAUAUUGUUCCAGUGGCGAUACUUGUGCUUGUCUCUGGUGCAACCAGCCCAGAAGGUGCAUCUGGUGGUGGCCGAUAGAACCAAUGAGAAUGCAAUUGUAAUUUAUACCUAGAAAAACACUUUGCAUGUUUUUCCAUCAAUUUUGUGUGUGUAUGAGUGAAAAAACGGCAAGAAAAAAAAACCACCUAAGACAAAAAGACGAGCAAAAAAUGAUUAUGGUAGUCAUAUGAGUUCAUUUUUUUGUUUUUUGUUUUGAUGAAUGAAUAAAAACAAAUUGAUUAAAAAAAACUGA